GACGAGACCUCCCAGGCCAUGAGACCCAACCCCCUCUGGAACGACUAGCCAUCGCAAUGGGCGUGUUUGACGCCUGGUUUGGCAAGAGGAGCGACGAGCCCCUGGCAAGACUCGACCCCAAGGUCCGUGAGUUCCUCGAGAAGGAGUCCCCCGUCAAGCUCGACAACAAGAAAGCGCCCGACCAAGAUGCCGCCGCCCAAGCAGAAGUAGCUGCCGCCCAGGCCCAGGCAGAGGCCGCAAGGCAAGAUGCCGCUGCCGCACGGUCAGAGAAGGGAGUUCCAGAGCAGAGCCUGUACCAGGACGGCCGGUACGCGCACCUCUGGAAGACGUACCGCCCGCUUUCUGAGAUCGAGAACGAGACCAAGUCCGAUGAGGAGAAGCUACGCGAUGUGCUCGAGGCGUACAAGAGCCGCAAGGCCGCCAUCGGGGCGGCGGCCCUGGAGAACUGCGCCGACGAGCAGCUGGACUGGAGCAACUGCAUGCGGGGCGGGUCGCUGUACGCGCGCAUGACCAUGUGCAGGGACGAGGUGCGCAAGUUUGAGAGGUGCUAUAAUAUGCAGUCGAGAUUACUCAAAGCACUCGGCUACCUCAAUAGCGUCGAUGGCUCGCAGGAUACAGACGAGAGGAUCCAGCUGCACGCCGACAAGCUCUACCACCAGAUGCUCACGCAGGAGGCUGCGAUAGAAGAGGCACAGAAGGAAGGCAAACCCAUACCGCAAUUUGAGCCUGUGAUACCCAAACAGAUCGCGGACGCAGCUGCAGAGGACAAUGCCGCGAAGCUGAGCGAGAGUGCAAAAAAGCGAGUGCAAGACCAGCUGGAGAAGGUGAGCGAGCUGGAGCGCGACGCAGAACAGGCUGCCAUAGAUGCCGAGACGAGGGCCAAGGCCGAGAUGGUCGACAGGAUAAAGAACCUGUGGAAGGAGCAGGAGGCGGAGAGGAAAGCCAGAAUCGAGAAGGGCGAGGAGACACUUUGGGACAAGGCUGCGACAAUAUUUGCCUCUUCUGGUGGGAAGAAGACCUAAGACCUGCACAGGAAAGAGAAAAGUGGACGAUGUCGUCCUUGUUCCGUGGGGGAUGUACGUCAACUGUAUUGUGGCAUCAUUGGCAUGAGAUUCAUUGGCGUCAUGGGCAUCUGUAAGGGGAUAUAUAAUUCUCGAAGGGGUAACAAGAAGCCCUGAAACCUUCUCUUCUCACUUUAACGGAGCGAGGACCACAGCGGUGCGACUGCUGAUCUACGCCGUUGCUGAGAUGCGCACGCAGCCAGAAGACUGUCCGGCUCCAUCCGGCCAGACGAGGAAAGCCAAAAUGACCCAGUUGACAUAGAUGGGAGGUACCAUAACAAGAAGCAAGUCAAGACCGGCCCUCGUGGCUUAGGAACC